AUGCUGGCGCCCGUUGCGUGGUUGGUGUUUCGCGGGAUAAAGCCCACGCGCGCGGAGCGGGAGAAAUACGCGAUGGAGACGCGAGAGUCGGAGACGCUGGCGAAGCGGCGCGUCGAGCGAGACGACGAGGCGGCGAAGCUCGCGAAGCGAUUGGACGAGGCGAAGGAGGCGGCGAGGGCGAAGGCGGCGAAGACGAUGCGCGCGACCGGGCCCGCGGGAGCGGCGACGGCGACGGCGACGGCGACGGCGACGGCGACGAAUUUUAAGGUUGAAGAAAAGCCGAAGGAUGUCUCGGCGCCGGCGCCGGAAGGCGCCGCCGACGAGCGGGCGGACGCGUCGACGAGAUCGGACGUCGGCGCUGACGUCGAGGAUACCGCCGUGAUAUCUGCGUCGACGUCGAGCGACGAAACAGAAGCGACCGACGCGGCGGUGCGCGUGGUGUCCGUGAACGAGCGCUCGUUCGAGACGCCAGAGUCGGAGGCGCCAGUCGCGCCGACGCCGACGGUAUCCCACGACGUCGAACCGAUCGUCGAGCGGCAUCAUGCCGAUGGCGAAGCAUACGACGUCAUCGCCGAGCAUCCCAAGCUGGUGCGCGCGAUUCAUGAGGCGAAUGCGCUCGUGCACAAGGCCCACGCGCGAAGAGUGGAGAGUAACCAAGAGUUUCAAGACGCGCUGCGAUAUCGCGAGCAAGUCGUACACAUGGCGUCCGAGCUCGGUAUCCCCGUCGCGCCUUUGCGUGAAGUCAAGGAGACGUUCAAGCAGUCGACGUACGAGGCCCCACUCGGGCCCGGAGCUGGCGAAAAAGCCGCCGAGGCGGCCAAGUCGGCGCUCGCCGCGACGAAGAAAUUCGUCGACUUCGCCGCGCCCCACGUGCGCUCGGCGACUACAAAGGCGUUCGACUACUCGAAACAACACGCCACAACGGCGGCGGGAAAGCUCAAGCAAGCGCACGCCAAGGGCGACAUCCGCGCGCCGACAUUGGACGAAGCCACGGAUUUUGCGAAAUCGACGUCGCGACGCGCCCUCGGCGCGUGCGUCCACGCCUUCGACGCCAUCACCGACCAGUUCGCCGCCGUCGCGAACAAGUCUGCCGUCAAACCACAAAAAUCAUAAUCAUGUACUGUACGAUCAUCGCGCCGAACGAGCACCGAAUUAGCGUUGUCAUUAUA